ACCAAACCAUUCCCUCCACUGUAAGCAUACUGUUUAGUUAAUAGUUUAACCGAAUAUAAAAUAGUCAUUCUCUAAGGUUGACUAGGUAACCUUUCGAUUUUAAUACAACCUCAUCGAACUCAACAUAUUCUAUUACCUCCUCCUUCCUUCCUCCCUCUCUUACUAUAAAUUCUUGGUCGUAGCGAGGUACAACUUCACUAUUUUUAAAAUGUUACCGCGUUGAGAGAAAAUAAAAAUUGCAACAAAAAUAAAAAAAAUCUUCAUAACGCUGACUGCAACCAAAUUGAUCUAGACCAACUAGUUUAUCCUCAUAAGUGAUAUACACUUGGACUGAUAUCGAGUGAAUGGAGUGUAUGUCAAGAUGUUCAACUUGCAAGAUUACUUCUCGAUCCAGAUCUUCUUCAUCAUCCUAAGAGAAACAUUGGAAACUGCCAUCAUCAUAUCAGUAUUAUUAUCAUUCAUAAAGCAACGAUCUCCCUCUAAAUCUACUUCAGCUCGUCAUGUCAAACAUUUACAGAAGGUUCAAAAGCAACUAAGAUUACAAGUAUGGUUGGGUGCUAUCCUAGGCUUGUUUAUCUGUUUACUUAUAGGAUUAGCUUUCAUCAUAUGUUUCUAUUAUAUCGGUAAAGAUUAUUGGUUUUAUGCAGAAAGGCUAUGGGAAGGUAUCUUUUCAUUACUUUCAAGUUUUGUUAUUACCAUCAUGGGUAUUGGAUUAUUAAGAAUCAAUAAAGUUAUGAAAGUUAAAUGGUGGAUAAAAUUAGGUCAUUCCUAUAAUUCUAAUGAUAUUAGUGGUGAAAAUGAACAAGGGGAAGAAGAAAUCGCUAAAUUAGGUGAUGAUUCAGAUCUUAAUGAAAAUGAUGAUGAUAAUGAACCACAACCAACUUGUGAUCAACAAAUAUCAGAAGAUCCAAACGAAACAGUUGAAGAAUCAACUUCUCUUAUCACCCGUCAAUCAUCCAGAAAAUCAUUCAAACAACAUCGUCAAACAUUCGGUAAAAAAUACUUCCUUGCAAUUUUACCAUUAGUCACAACCUUGAGAGAAGGGUUAGAAGCAGUUGUAUUCAUCGGUGGAAUGGGUAUGUCCUUACCUCCAUCAGCCAUUGCAUUUUCAGUCAUAGCAGGUAUAACCCUCGGAUCAUUCAUUGGAUAUUUAUUAUAUCAAGGUGGUAAUAAAAUGUCGUUACAAUAUUUCUUAAUUUGUCUGACUUGCUUUCUUUAUUUAGUCAGUGCUGGAUUAACUAGUCGAGGCAUAUGGUUUCUUGAACUUGAAAGGUAUGUUCAAUUAUGUGGAGGGGUAGAUGUUAGUGAAACUGGUAGUGGACCUGGAUCAUAUGAUAUUUCAAAUAGUAUUUGGCAUGUCAAUUGUUGUGAUGGAUUAAAAGAUGGUUGGUGGAUGGUGUUCAAUGCUAUCUUAGGAUGGACGAAUUCUGCAACUUAUGGAAGUGUGGGAUCUUAUUUAUUUUAUUGGAUUGCGGUGAUUUCAUGGUUAGAAAUCAAAUUAUAUGAAGAAAGACAUUGUAGAUUACCUUUGAUUCCAAUCAAAUGGCAAUUAAAAAGAAUUAGAAAGAAAGUUAAGCUUUAUCAAGAGUUUCAUAGACAUGAAACUAUAAGACAUACUUCUACAUCAAUUGAUAAUGUUCUUGAAGAAGGUUCAAGUAAUAGUGUAACUCCUGAACGAGAAACAACGGCUGAAGCUGAAGCUCAAUUAUUAUUAUCAUGAUCAAUUUUAAAUUAUUUUUUACAUAGUAGGGGUGGAGUAUAGAUACCCAAAUUUUAAUAAUACAUGCUC